GAAGACACAAAAGCAAGAUCUAUGUCUGAUCUAGCUGAAAGUUAUAUGGAUAGAUAAUUCAGCUGAGGGUAUUGUGCAAAAUCCACAUGCCCUUUCUAAUCAAAUGGAUCAAAAUAUAGAGUCUGAGGGACUUCCCUCAAGCUUUCAAACUAUUGUUGAUGAGGAAAUUUGCCAAAAUGAAAUAAGAAUGAGCCAAGAGACAUUGGUAAAAGAAAGUCUACCAAAGGACCAUUUAUAUGGUGAAAUUCGAGUAAAUGAAAAUACCCAAGCAAGAGGACAGCUGGAAGAAAUUACAGCCAAUGCUACAAUUGGAGAGUCAUCCACAUAUAUCACUAAUGUAUAUGAGAAGGAGAAAGUAUAUGAGACUCCUGGAAAGGUGUCUCAAGCUAUUACACCAGAUACCACUGAACCUUUUUGUACACUUGUAAAUAUUGAUGAAAGUGAAGAAAUAGCUAGUGAAAUAAUAAGAAAGGAUGAUUUAAAAGAAGUACAACUCUCUGCUUCUACAAAAGUUGAUGAAUUCAAAACAGAACAGAAGGAAGAAAAUAUGAGGUUUUUUGAAAAUUCAUUUCGAAAACGCCCACAACGUUGCCCACCUUCAUUUCUUCAAGAAAUUGAAUCUCAAGAAGUUUAUGAAGGUGACAGUUGUAAUUUUGUGUGUCAUUUUCAAGGAUAUCCUCAACCUAUAGUCACAUGGUAUAGCAAUGACAUACCAAUCCCACGUAAUCAAAACUUUAUCAUUCAUUCUUUGGAAAACUAUUCAAUAUUAACUUUUUCUUCUGUUCAUCAUCAGAACGAAGGUUCUAUUACUUGUGUGCUGUUUAACCAAUAUGGAACAGUAAAAUCAACUGCUAUGCUUAAAGUGAAAGCAAAACAAAAGCAUGAUGUCAAAGCACAUAAAGUCCCAGCGUUCCACGACUACUUUGAUGAGGAAGAAGAGCUAGCACUGGUGUUUGACCGAGCAAAAGGCUCCCAUCCAUCUAUGAGUCAAGAGGGCGAAACAAAUCUUCAUACGUUAAAAACUAACCCACCAGCUCCUCCCUCUGGAGACACAGAAUUGCUUUCCUUUCCUGUAGAAAUUCAGGUAACAGCAGCUACUCCUAUCCCAGAACAGGAUAAAGAGUCUAAGGAAAUGUUUCAAACUGAGGAGCUAGAACCUGAAGCAUUGCCUCAACAUCAAGUUACUCAGUCACCAAAACACAAAUUUGUAUUUUUGUCUGAUAUUACUAAUGAGCCACCAAAAAUGUUACAAGAAAUGCCAGAGCGUGCCAGGUGUAGAGAAGGGGAUUCCAUAAUUCUUGAAUGUUUAAUAUCUGGUGAGCCCCAGCCAGUUGUAACAUGGUUUCAAAAUGGAGUCCUUUUAAAGCAGAACCAGAAGUUUCAGUUUGAAGAAGUUAAUUGUAGCCACAGAUUAUAUAUUAAGGAUGUUAAUUCUCAAGAUUCUGGAAAAUAUAAAUGUGUUGCUGAAAACAAUUCAGGAACAGUUGAAAGUGUUUCAGAUCUAACAGUGGAGUCUGUUACUUAUAGGGGAAAUGAUCAAUUCAAAAACAUUGGUGAAAUUUAUGGAAAAUAUUCCAGAGAUCAGCAAGCACAAGUCCAGGGAGAAUCUGUGAGGGCACAUUUGUAUGAUUAUCCAGCUGGUCCCUUUACUCCCUGGAUGAAUGUAAAAGAAUAUUCAGUAAAGGACUAUUUUCAAAGCCUUGAGACCACUGAGCUGAUAGAUAAGAAAGACCAGGUGUGUUGCAUACCUUCUAGAGAAAAACUACCCAGAUUUGUGCAUGGUGCUUCAAGAUCCAUAAGAAUCAACAAGCCCAUCAGGGCUGAAUUCAUACAAUGCCAGGAUGAAGGGAAAGAGAGACAUGGAAGUGAAAAAUCAAAGCUGCACCAAGCAGAGGGUACCGUUUAUCCAUUUGUUGAUUAUUUCAGUGAUGUCACUAUUAAGAAAGAUGUAAGAAACAAUUUUGAAAAACUUGGUAGAUCAGAACAAGAAAAUGUACAAGAAUGUGCCCGAAGUGGCUGUUUACCAAAUGUCCACUCCGAGAGAAUUUCUGACAGUUAUACAAAAGAUUCAUCUGCCAUUGUAUAUGAAGAAUCCCUUGGUGAAGAGAUACACUACCCACGGAAAAAGGUGAAGCACAGAAUUAUCGAAUUUGAAAAAUUACAUGUAGAAAAAGGAGUUCUAGAAAAAAGACCUACCAGAACAUCAUUUGUUAAUCUUCCUCAAAGGAAGGUUGAUGACAAAGCUUUUUCAUUAAAGCAAAGCGAAUCAAGAUCAAGUAAUCUAAAUGCAAAUAUGCAUCAGGCAGAGAAACUGUCUCCAAAUACUGAACCAGAUUCAUCUAACAUUGCAAUGAAUUUAAAGCUACUUUCCUCUCCAACUCAUAAGGAAUUUGAAGUACAAGAGAAGGAACAACAGGAAAAAAUAAGUCUUAUAGAUAAAACUGCAAUUUCUAAAAGAGCUGAACAUGAAUCACCUAUUACAUUUGACUUAAAGCAGUUUCACUCUCAAAUAGAACAUUUAGAUGUGAAAUUCCAAGAAUUAGAUAGUGGUCAACCAGAAGAAGCUUAUUUUAAAAUCCAACAUCCUGCUUCUGAAACAGCUGAUACUGAAAACAUUGUGUUUGAUCUAAAACAAAUGUAUUCUCAUACAGGAGAACCCACCAUGGAGUUCCAAGGGCAAGAAACUAGGGAACAGCAGGAAACACUUUAUAAAGAAAAAGUUCCCAGCCCUGAAACAGUACAACCUGAUGCACAUAGUAUCUCUAAAAAACAUGUGCAAAAUAAUGUAUUUACCAGUCAAGAAAUUUCUUCCAGUCUGGAGCUUUCAAAUAGAACUCUGGUGGAGAAAAAUAGUAUUGAUGAAAAUUCCUUUUCUUUAGAGAAAGAAGUCCAACAUGUACAGGAACAAAACUUAGACAUUUUAAAAACUGACCUUUCUCUUAAAUCCUUUUCUGAGGAAAUCUGUAGUGAAUCAUGUGCCCUACUUCUAACCUCAGAAGAAACUGAUCUUUCUGAGAAAUAUUGUUCUCUAGAAAAUGGAGACGGAAGUUUCAUCUCCCAUUUGAAAAAAGCAGCAAGUGAAGAAAAGCCUUUAGAGGUUGGUGAAAUGAAAGAAGAAUGCACUUUAGAACCAGAGUUGGCAUCAUUUCCAAAGCAGGAUGGUGGGACACAGGAAUAUACAGAUGCCACUUUGGAAGACCACAGAGGUGAUGUUCAGGAAGCUGAUGCACUCCAGAGACAGCUCUCCCUGAGUCAGUGCUUCCCGUUCUUGAUGACUGAAGAACAGAAUCCAGGUGAACAAAUAAAUACAAACAUUGAUGCCUCUGGAGAAAAAAGAUGUUAUGAAGAAGUUCAAGUUCAAAAGGAAACUUCUUUCUCCACUAUAGAAGGAGAAAUGAUAGAAACUUGUCUUUCUCAAAAUAUUCCUAAAUUGGAUGAGGUACAUACCACUGAGAUAGCAGAAUCUGAGACCUCCCUUACACAAUAUUUACUCACUGCUGGAAAGCAUGAGGUUCCUGAAAUUAAAGACGCAAGAGACCAGGAAAAGCUUGUCCCGAGUGAAUCGAUUACUUCAAUGGAAGUGGAAGAAGUAACUUUCAACACUGUGUAUGAAUACUACACCCAGAAACAGGAAUUAUUAGGUCGUCCAUUUUCUCCUGAGUCUGACAUUUCCAUUGGUGUGGGAAGUACAACCAGUGAAGAAAUCUCUGAGUUAGAUCAGUUUUACACCCCACCAUCAUCUGUUGAAUGUCCAAAGUCCCCUGACUUAUCUUUUAAUCCUUCAGAUAUAAAUAAACAAUCUUCAAUACAUUCAGGAGAUGAGAUGCUUGAAAGAUAUUCCACACCUUUAGGGGAAGUUGCUGAAAGAUAUUCAACACCUUCUGAAGGUGAAAUAGGAGAAAGAUACUCCACACCCCCAGGGGAGGCACUAGAGAGAUAUUCCACACCUUCAGGAGAGUCUCUGGAGAGAUAUUCCACACCCCUAGCAGAGACUUUAGAGAGAUAUUCUACACCCCCAGGAGAGACUUUAGAGAGAUAUUCUACACCUCCAGGAGAGACUUUAGAGAGAUAUUCUACACCCCCAGGAGAGACUUUAGAGAGAUAUUCUACACCCCCAGGAGAGAUUCUAGAGAGAUAUUCCACACCUCCAGGGGAGGCACUACAGAGAUACUCUAUUCCUACUGGAGGACCAAACCCCACUGGUACUUUUAAAACAUACCCAUCAAAAAUAGAAAGGGAAGACAGUACACCAAAUGAACAUUUCUAUACACCUACAGAAGAGAGAGGUUCAGCUUAUGAAAUACGGCGUUCUGAUUCAUUUGGCACACCCAAUGAAGCCAUUGAGCCAAAAGACAAUGAAAUGCCUCCAUCUUUUAUUGAACCUAUGACCAAAAGGAAGGUAUAUGAAAACACAACACUAGGUUUCAUCGUUGAAGUUGAAGGUCUUCCAGUUCCUGGUGUGAAAUGGUAUCGAAAUAAAUCUUUACUAGAGCCAGAUGAAAGAAUCAAAAUGGAAAGGGUGGGUAAUGUGUGUUCACUGGAAAUUUCUAACAUUCAAAAAGGAGACGGGGGAGAGUACAUGUGCCAUGCUGUAAACAUCAUAGGGGAAGCAAAGAGCUUUGCAAAUGUAGACAUAAUGCCCCAAGAAAAUAGAGUGGUGGCACUCCCACCUCCAGUAACACAUCAGCAUAUCAUGGAGUUUGAUUUGGAAAACACCGCAUCAUCAAGAACACCUUCUCCUCAAGAAAUUGUGCUGGAAGUUGAAUUAAGUGAAAAAGACGUUAAAGAAUUUGAGAAGCAGGUGAAAAUAGUGACAGUUCCCGAAUUUACUCCUGACCAUAAAAGCAUGAUUGUGAGUCUAGAUGUUCUUCCACUAAAUUUUGUAGAGCCAAAUAUGGAUUCAAGGGAGGGAGAAGACAAAGAACUAAAAAUUGACUUAGAAGUGUUUGAAAUGCCUCCUCGCUUUAUACUGCCUAUUUGCGAUUUUAAAAUUCCAGAAAAUUCGGAUGCUGUAUUCAAAUGUUCAGUCAUAGGCAUCCCUACUCCUGAAGUUAAGUGGUAUAAGGAAUAUAUGUGUAUUGAGCCAGAUAAUAUUAAAUAUGUGAUUAGUGAAGAGAAGGGAAGUCACACUCUCAAAAUUCGAAAUGUCUGUCUUUCUGAUAGUGCAACAUAUAGGUGCAGAGCUGUGAAUUGUGUAGGAGAGGCUAUCUGUCGGGGGUUCCUCACCAUGGGAGAUUCCAAAAUAUUUGCUAUGAUAGCAAAGAAAAGCAAAGUGACUUUAAGCAGUUUUACAGAAGAACUGAUCUUAAAGAGCAACUACGCAGACAGUUUUUUUGAAUUUCAGGUGGUGGAAGGGCCUCCCAGGUUUAUCAAAGGUAUUUCUGACUGUUAUGCACCCAUAGGCACUGCAGCGUAUUUUCAGUGUUUAGUUCGUGGCUCUCCAAGACCCACAGUUUACUGGUACAAAGAUGGGAAAUUGGUCCAAGGAAGAAGAUUCAGUGUUGAGGAAAGUGGCACAGGAUUCCACAACCUGUUUAUAAGAAGCUUAGUAAAGAAUGAUGAAGGAGAGUACAGGUGUGUAGCUACAAACAAAUCAGGAAUGGCUGAGACCUUUGCAGCACUCACCUUAACUUAAAAUGUAAAUGUUUUAAUGCCUCAGUAAUUAUUAGAAUUAAUCUGAGUGCUUUCAUAUUUUCCAAAUUAUAUGGCUCUAAUAAACUUCCAAAUAGGUCACCAUACUUGAAUGCAUUACCUUGGAGACCCCUGGAGAAAUAAUCUCUAUGUAGAAAUCCCAUCUUUGUAAUACAUGUAAAUAUUUUGUUAUCUGAACUUUAAAAUCAUCUCUUGUGUCAAUCAUGCUGUGUAACAUUAAACACAAUUAAAUCUCUCCUUGGCUACCUAA